AUGAACAACAUCGAAAACCUUACUCAGAUUGAGGACGAGUCCACGGAAGUAAAUUUCGUGGACUCGGACUAUCUCCUCGAUCUCUCGCCGGCACAGUUCCCGGACUCUUCCAUGAUGCUGCCUUCUUAUGACCUGAAUCAAUGGCCCCAUCUGGAACACUCACCACUUGAAAAUGCUCCUCCUGUUUCUUCCAUGGAUCAUCCAGACAUGUUUGGUCUGGACAUGGCCAUGGACUCUAUGCCCCAGGCCGUCAACGAUCUUGAUCUCUCACCGCCAACGGCAGAAGGCGAUUUUCUUUUCAGCUACCCUGAUACCUCUUCCUUUGUCAUCGCAGGUUCUUCGAAUUCGCUGCUGAGCUUUCCUGAAACCCAGGACGAAAGCGGAGAUCCCACGUACAACCAGACAAGUGAUUCUGUCUCUGAUACAUCCUGUCCUCCGUUUGUUGAAACCGGAGCUACAAAAACACACUCAUUUUGCAGUACUGUAUCUGAUCCCCACCAUUCUCCCGACGACACCCCUGCGAGUGAAAGUCUAAGCUUGGAGACUAUGGAUGAUCAAAAGUUCAAAGAGUAUCCUGUUACUCGUUUGAAAAAGAACGAGUGUAUUGGGAAUGGAAAGUUCCUUUGCAAUAAUGCGGACUGUCAAAAGAUCUUUGACAAAAACCGCGACAGGAAGUAA